UUCAAACAUUUCCACAUGUCUCUUGAUUCAGAAUCACCAUCAUCUCCUUCCUCCAGCAGGGACUGGUUCUUCCCUUCACCUUCCUUCAUCCACUCUCCACAAUCUCCAAAUUACCCCCGCAAGUUCUCCACUAUCCCAAGACACCCCCGCCAUUCUCCUCCCAAUUGGAAGCCCCCCAGAAAGUCAACGUUCCCCGCAGUUUCUUCCUCCGACAUCGCCUCCUAUAGCUACCCCAAGUACGGUAGUCUUCGUCGCAGAGUUGACUUUACUCAGAGGAGCGAGAAAACGCCGAAACAGCAAGGAGACGACCCCGUUUUGGAACAGAAACGGGACGUUUCCAAGGCCGUUUCCGGUGAGAAAACGGCUGUUGGUGAAAUUGGUAUUCGGGUUUUGGGUCAACGGGUCAAAAUCCGGUGGCAGAUGACCUUCUCCUUAGCUAUUUUGAUCACAGCGUUUGGUUCUUUAGUACACAAGAAUUUCUCUUUACACAAUCAAGUCAUUGACUUGCAGGACCAAAUUUCAUCUAUGAAUCUUAAAUUCCAAGCUUGCAAUAUGUUGGACCCUUUAGAUACUAUUUCUAUAUCGCAAGAAAGUGAUCAUCUUUCCAGUAAAGGAUUAAAGAUUCUAGCUCUGACUAUCUCGAUUGCACUGUUAUCUGUGCCUAUCUUUCUUUUCAAGUACGUUGACUAUAUCUCUAAGUUGAGAUCCUCAGAUAAUUCUUCUGAAAAAGUUUCUCUUAAUAAGCAACUUGAAUAUCGAGUGGAUGUCAUUUUAUCAGUACAUCCGUAUGCAAAGCCACUUGCUUUAUUGAUUGCAACUCUACUGCUUAUUUGUCUCGGAGGGUUGGCACUUUUCGGUGUCACUGAUGAUAGCCUAGCAGAUUGCCUUUGGUUAUCUUGGACUUAUGUUGCUGAUUCAGGUAACCAUGCCAACUCUGAAGGUAUGGGUCCCAGAUUAGUUUCUGUUUCGAUAAGCUUCGGCGGGAUGCUUAUAUUUGCAAUGAUGCUUGGGCUUGUUUCUGAUGCAAUUUCCGAGAAGCUCGAUUCAUUGAGAAAAGGAAGAAGCGAGGUUGUUGAGCAAAACCACACUCUAGUUCUUGGGUGGAGUGAUAAAUUGGGUUCAUUGCUCAAUCAACUAGCCAUAGCUAACGAGAGUUUAGGUGGUGGUACUGUGGUAGUAAUGGGUGAACGGGACAAGGAGGAGAUGGAGCUCGAUAUUGCCAAAAUGGAGUUUGAUUUCAGAGGGACAUCUGUGAUUUGCAGAAGUGGAAGCCCUCUAAUUCUGGCCGACCUGAAAAAGGUUUCUGUUUCCAAGGCCCGUGCAAUCGUUGUCCUUGCUGAAGAUGGAAAUGCUGAUCAGAGUGAUGCUCGUGCUUUGAGAACAGUCUUAAGUUUGACCGGAGUAAAGGAAGGCCUAAGAGGACAUAUUGUUGUGGAACUAAGUGAUCUUGACAAUGAGGUUUUGGUUAAACUUGUUGGUGGAGAACUUGUUGAAACUGUUGUAGCUCAUGAUGUUAUCGGACGCUUGAUGAUUCAAUGUGCAAGGCAGCCGGGACUUGCACAGAUAUGGGAAGAUAUCCUUGGCUUCGAAAAUUGUGAAUUCUACAUAAAAAGAUGGCCGCAAUUGGAUGGUAUGCAAUUUGAGGAUGUACUGAUUAGUUUCCCGGAUGCUAUUCCUUGUGGAGUCAAAGUUGCUUCUCGAGGGGGUAAAAUAAUCCUGAAUCCCGAGGACUCGUAUAUUCUGCAAGAAGGAGAUGAAGUUCUUGUUAUAGCAGAAGAUGAUGACACCUAUGCUCCAAGCACAUUGCCUACGGUCAAUGGAGCAUCAUUCAUGCACAUUGCUCGACCAGCAAGAAAGCCCCAGAAGAUUCUACUUUGUGGAUGGAGGAGAGACGUUGAUGAUAUGAUUGUGGUACAGAGAGAGAGUUUACCCAGAGACUUUAUUGUCCCAAAGUUGAUGGAAAAAAUACUUCUUUGUGGUUGGCGACGGGAUAUGGAAGACAUGAUCAUGGUUUUGGAUGCCUUCCUAGCUCCUGGAUCAGAGCUCUGGAUGUUCAAUGAGGUAGUUGAAAGUGAGAGGGAAAGGAAGCUUGAUGAAGGUGGUCUGGACCUCAGUAGAUUGGUUAACAUACAACUGGUUCAUCGUGAAGGUAACGCCGUUAUACGGCGUCACCUAGAAAGUCUUCCGUUGGAAUCGUUUGAUUCAAUCCUAAUUCUGGCCGACGAAUCCGUGGAAGAUUCGGCCAUUCAAGCUGAUUCCAGAUCUCUUGCCACAUUACUACUGAUUCGCGAUAUUCAGGCUAAGCGUCUUCCAUACAGAGAAGCAAUGGUUACCCGAGGUCAAAGAGGAAGUUUCUCCCGAGGUUCUUGGAUUGGAGAGAUGCAACAAGCUUCAGAUAGAUCAGUAAUAAUUAGUGAAAUACUAGACCCGAGGACUAAAAAUUUGUUGUCCAUGUCAAAGAUUAGUGAUUACGUCUUAUCGAACGAGCUAGUCAGUAUGGCAUUGGCCAUGGUUGCAGAGGAUCGGCAAAUAAACGAUGUUCUCGAAGAGCUUUUCGCAGAGGAGGGAAAUGAGCUGCAUAUUAGACUAGCAGAGCUCUACCUACACGAAGGUGAAGAAUUGAGUUUCUACGAAAUACUCUUACGAGCUCGACAAAGGAGAGAGAUCGUUAUCGGUUACCGUUUGGUGAACGCCGAGAGGGCCGUUAUAAACCCGCCGGCUAAAAAUGAGCGAAGAAGAUGGUCAGUGAAGGAUGUGUUUAUGGUAAUUACAGAGAAGGAAUGAGACUGUUUCUUCUAUAUAUUUUGAUACCUCAGGAGUUCAUCCAUACAAACGUAAGUUUCGAUUGAAGUUGUUGAAGACAUGUUUUUCCACAUUAAAACUCGGAAGCUCAUGUAUUACAAGAUGAACGAUUGAAACUCGAUCAUCGUUAUUACAUCGGAAAUCAAAUGGAAAAAAUUGUAUAUCGUUUACAUCGGAAACCAAAUGCAAAA